AUGAAAUCUUUCAUCGAUUACUCGGCAUCUAGCGAUUUCCCGCUUGAAAAUUUACCAUACGGAAUCUUCUCAACGAAAGAUGAGCCAGACAAAAAAAUUGGUGUGGCAAUUGGUGAUCAAAUUUUGAAUUUGAAUGCUAUCGCAAAUUAUUUCGAUGGACCAUUGUUGGAAAGUAAGCAAGAUGUGUUUCGUCGUGAUUGUCUAAACGAUUUUAUGUCUCUCGGAAGGCCAGCAUGGCUAGAAGCAAGAUCUAAACUUCAAGAGCUGCUGUCUGCCAGUAAUCAUACUUUGCAAGAUCCUGAAAUCCGCUCUAA